UGUUGUAGUGACCGGGAGGCGCCGCCGCUCUGGACCGACGGUUCCGGGCGCCGCACGGUCCCCCUCCCUCCCCUCCCUCUUCCCUGCCUUGAUUCUCGGCUCCGGCAGGACCGGGGCGCCCACCGCUUCCCCCAUGGCCUCUUCCUCGGAGGACCCGGUCCUGGAGCGUUAUUUUAAAGGCCACAAAGCUGCCAUCACCUCCGUGGACUUCAGCCCCAAUGGCAAACAACUUGCUACUGCUUCUUGGGAUACCUUUCUCAUGCUAUGGAAUUUGAAGCCCAACACUAGAGCUUACAGAUAUGUGGGUCACAAGGAUGUUGUAACCAGUGUGCAAUUCUCUCCACAUGGAAACUUAUUGGCCUCCGCCUCAAGAGACAGAACCGUUCGACUCUGGAUUCCUGAUAAAAAAGGGAAGUCCUCGGAGUUUAAAGCACACACAGCUCCAGUUCGAAGUGUGGACUUCUCAGCUGAUGGCCAGUUUCUAGUUACAGCUUCUGAAGACAAGUCCAUCAAAGUGUGGAACAUGUACCGCCAGCGCUUCUUGUACUCCUUGUACCGACACACGCACUGGGUACGCUGUGCCAGGUUUUCACCUGAUGGGAGACUGAUUGUGUCAUGUAGUGAGGAUAAAACUGUUAAAAUUUGGGAUACCACAAGUAAACAGUGUGUUAAUAACUUCUCAGAUUCUGUAGGAUUUGCAAAUUAUGUGAACUUUAACCCCAGUGGUACAUGUGUAGCUUCAGCAGGCUCUGAUCACACUGUGAAAAUAUGGGAUAUACGAGUGAACAAAUUACUCCAGCAUUACCAAGUUCACAGCUGUGGUGUUAACUGUCUGUCAUUCCAUCCUUCCGGUAACUAUCUCAUCUCGGCCUCUUCUGAUGGUACUCUUAAGAUCCUGGAUCUCUUAGAGGGAAGACUCAUAUAUACACUUCAAGGACAUACGGGGCCUGUCCUGACUGUUUCGUUUUCAAAAGGUGGAGAGCUGUUUGCAUCCGGAGGUGCAGACACACAGAUCUUACUAUGGAGAACUAACUUUAAUGAAUUGCAUUCUAAAGAUCCUAAUAAAAGAAAUCUCAAAAGAUUGCAUUUUGAAUCAUCACCACACCUUCUUGACAUCUACCCAAGAUCACCACAUCCCCAUGAAAGAAAAACAGAGACUGUUGAAAUCAACCCAAAGCUGGAUGUGAGCAACAUGCAAAUUUCUUCACCCCCUGUUGUGGAUAUCCUUUCUUUUGAUUCUACAACAAUGACAGGAUCUACUGGGAGAGCUCUGCCAGACAAGGGUGAAGACAUCUGUGGAUAUUUCGUAAACCCUUCCUUACUACCACCAGAAUGUUCAGCAGCAGCUAUGAAAAAGAAACCAGAAGACAUGAGUGAGCUGCCCUCCGAGAGUCAGAGAAGUGUGCCGCUCGCCGUGGCCGACGCGCUGGAGCAUAUUAUGGAACAGCUCAAUGUGUUAACCCAGACUGUUUCAAUUCUGGAGCAGCGACUGACUCUGACAGAGGACAAGCUAAAAGACUGCCUUGAAAACCAGCAAAAGCUUUUCAGAGUCAUUCAUCACAAAAGCUGACCGGCAGGUCUGAUCCCAGCACAGUAAACGAGCACGUUCACACACUCGGGAAGGCAGCGGAGGCUUCUCAGCCCACACCCCACUGAUCACGGCAUUCCUUCAGAGGGCGAGUAGUGAGCAAAAGACAGAAGAGCAUAUUUAAAGAUUAAUUUAAACACACAAAUCAAUGUCAAGGACCAAUUUAAAUCUCAGCUAUGAUUGAAGUAAUAAAGUGAUAAGUAUUGAAGUGCCUCUGUAUCCCCCCCAUAUUAUUUUUAAUGUCAGUUUUUAUGUACAAUCCAAAUCCUGUCAAGAAAGUGACCAGAUCUCUGGAUUUACAUAGUUAAAUCAUUUCCAGUUGACUAUGUUUGGGCUGUUCCAUACAGAAUGAGUGUUUCUCGAGUGAGCACGCCCUUGGGGUGAAGGGACUUACCUUGCUCCUGAGAUGGCAUCUUACGUGUAUACAGUAACCUACUGAUCUGAUUUGUAUUUCUUUCACUUCAAAAAAAAAAAAAAAAAAAUCAAUCUUACCAACGCCUUAAAAAGACAAGUAAAUAAAAACGCCCAGUCUCCAGCAUUUCCACAGAAAUAGUAACCUACUUUAGUUAGCUAUGACACAUGUGGCGAAGCAGGGGUUCUUACUUCAUUUGUGAAUUAUUCACAAAUUAUUUCAUUUGCUUAUCCUUCAGCCAACCUGAAGGAAGGUGGGAGACCAUGCAUCUGAGCAUGCCCAGGGGCUCGGAUGGUACUGAACCUGGGAUCACAGUUCACAAAGAUGUGUUAGUGUGAGUUCAGCAUGCCAAUAAGCCAGCUCAUUUUAAACAUGUUUACACACAUGUAUAUGUAUGCCUCAGAAAUAGCAUUGCUUAGAGUGCUUUUGGUGGCUAGAUAAUAAGUACGUUUUUAAUUUUCAAAAAAUACAUUUACUUCAUCUUCCUAUUUUCUAAUGAAUUGUGAUUUGAAAUAAAGUAGAAAGAGCCAGACAUCCUAGAAGAGCCUAAUUACAAAUUAAGAAUCUUAUCCUAAACAAAACAGAAAUCAAGGUAGGAAAAAGCAGGCAACUUCAUGACUGUUUGCUUUUCCUCUUAACAUGUAUUAAGAACAAAGAUGAGGAAGGCAGGCCACACCUGUGCAAUCUGCAGGUCGUGUGGAGUGAAUGCUAACUAUACUUUGUAAAAGAAGAAAAAAUGAGGUUCCACUUACAUAGAAAUGUAUAUUUAGAAAUUUUCUUCAAAGCUGUUUCAAUGAUACAAUGGGUUGGUCUUAGUUUUUAUCAUCUCACUGUGUAUUAUAAGUGCCUUUUAUGUCAUAUGAAGUGUGAUUUUUCUAGACAUCUUCAAGAGUUCACUAAACUUAGGUGACAUUGUGUUUUCAUACCUUCACUGAGAAGACUAAGAAAUGAAAUGUAAUACCAACUUUGUUUACUCUUUUUUAUGCUGAAAAUAAUAAAAAUGUUUUUCCUUUUUUAA